UUCCCCCUUACCCGCUCGCUUCGCAUCCGCCCCUGUUUUAUCCAUUACGAAGUAUUUCCGUCUUCGUUAAAUGGCGACCGCUGUUCUAAAGACGGCCGCCGUCUUGAGGGCGCCACCGUCCGCUUCCCUUAGCGCGACGGUGAGCUCAUCCGCUUUAUCGCAUAAAGUAUCUUCUCCUGUAUCCAUCUCGCGCAAUGGCAGACGAAUGCGAACUUCCUCAUGCCUCCCGAUACAGUGUCGGAUCAAUCAUCGCCCUCCAAACCUCGCAAUUCGACCGCCUCGCAGUCGCUCAGUUGGGCAGUUCGUGCUCUCUGCUUCAGAUGGAGAAGCCACGGAGACAGCUCAAACCGAGACCGAAGAAUAUGUGCGAGACUCUGAGCUAGAGGAAAAUAUAGGGGGUGCUCAUGAUGAUGCUGAUACUUCAAAUGAGGUUGAGAAUGCAUCUGUAGAGGAAACUGCUUCAACUCUUAUGAAUAUGUUGCGAUUAUAUAGAGAGGCUCUGGCUAAUAAUGAUGGGUCAAAAGUUGCAGAGGUAGAGGCUUAUCUGAAAUCCUUAGAGGAUGAGAAAAUCAAUCUUGAGAGAGAGAUACGGACAUUAACUCAACUGAUCUCAUCUGAGAAGGCAUGCGUACUUAGAAUCAGCGCUGACUUUGCCAGUUUCCGCAAGAGGACAGAGAGAGAGUGGCUUUCUUUGGUAACAACUGCGCAAGGGGAAGUCAUUGAGAAACUUUUACCUAUGUUGGAUAGCUUUGAGAGAGCAAAAGCCCAAAUUGAAGUUGGGAGUGAGGGAGAGGAGAAAAUCAGUAACAGCUAUCAGAGCAUCUAUAAACAGUUUGUGGAAAUUCUAGGAUCUCUUGGUGUUACCCCUGUGGAGACAACUGCAAAUCCUGCGAAUCCAUUGGCAAGAUUCCAAGUUGGCUCAAAGUUCCGUCAAAUGAUUGAAAAAUCUUUUGAGAAGCUACAAAAAGUUUGUUCAGGUUUUAUGAAGACCUGAACAUCAUUUCAUGUGCUGUUUAUAUCUCCACUGAUCUGAGGCUCUGAACCAACUCGCUGCAUGAAGCUAUAAUGCAUGAGGAUUCAGUAGAAUUUGAAGGUGUCAUAAUAGCAGAACUUCACAAGGUUUUCAAGCUUGGAGACAGAUUCUGCGCCUGUAAAUGGUUAAGACGUCCGCUGGUCCUGGACCUGCAAAACCUGAGAUAUUGCAGCCCAGAGAAUAUCCAGAUGGUAGUAAUGAGGAAGACGGCACUAAGCAAGAUGAUGCUAAUUGAACCGGUGAGGAUCCUAACUCUAUAUAAAUGCAAUUUUAUUUUUUAUUUUUGGAGAAAAUUAAACCAUGCCAGAUUAUCAUGCUACUAAAAUGCUAAUUGAUAGAUUGUGCAAAUUUGCAAAUAUUUUGAGUAUCCAUUUGUU